UCAGCGACAAAACCAUAUUUAACCUUAACUUCAGUUUAACAUUCCGGCGUCUUUCCUUUUGUUGAACAUUUUGUUUAAUCAAUGUUACCCGUAGACGCCCUUUAGCGACAUAGAGUAACGCGUUACUAUUUGCCGCAGUAAUGGCGACGGAGUGGGUUUUCCUGUGAUAGCUGACCUUUAUUUUGAAAACCCGACAGCUCGUAGAACCAUGAGACUCACAGCUGCUCGUCUGUCCAAAGUGCUGCAGCUCACCCUGGCGGUCAUCAAACCUGACGCGGUGGCUCACCCGCUGGUGUCGGAGGCUCUUCACCAGAGAAUCCUUGACAACAACUUUGUUAUCGUUCGACACAAAGAUCUCGUGUGGAGGACGCAGGACUCCGAGAGGUUCUACGCUGAACAUUCAGGGCGAUUCUUCUAUCAAAGACUUGUUGAAUUCAUGGCAAGUGGUCCGAUGCGAGCGUACAUUCUAGCCAGAGAGGAGGGAAUACGCCACUGGAGAGAACUGAUGGGACCCACCAAAGUGUUCCGAGCCAGAUACACCUCCCCCGCCACCAUCAGGGGCCAGUUUGGACUCACAGACACACGGAACACGGCCCACGGCUCAGAUUCUGUUGAAUCAGCACGAAGAGAAAUCAGUUUCUUCUUCCCAGACUUCUGUGUGGACGAGUGGAUGGAGAAAGAGGAGCCGUCGUUCAGAUCUGGAGAGUUACACUUCGAUCAUCAAAAACAGAUCCACACACUUUCAGCACAAAGCUGACCCCAGAUCUGCUGGUCAUCAACACACCGGUCAAAGGACUCAAAGAUAAAGACCAGCUGCUGGUCCACCUGAUGCCACAUGUUUUAUGUAAUAAUGUGAGAACGCCUGUAUAUUGUUUACGUCACUUCCUCCGAGUGCCAAAAUGUUCCCUGCAUGAGUAAUUAGGGCCCGAGCACUGACAGGUGAGGCCCUAUUGAAAUUGUAAGGAUUAUUAUUAUUAUUCAGGCAAAUUAAUUGUCGUUUUGCUUGGACUGUGGUAAGGCUGGUUAUAAUCGAAAUCCAUAUGACAGAUACUUUUGCAUUGAUCUAUCAUUUAUUUCGAUUCUCAUCAUCUUUCAGACAUUGAAUAUUAUCUCUUUGUCCUAUUUAAUAUAUUUUUGAAAACCCAAUAAAUAAA